CCUCUUGGUGAUGCCAGAGCCUGUGAUGCUUCUCUCCCCUCGCCUGCCCUACUCUGGGAGGCAUGGGGCUGCCCCUCCCAGGCAAACUUAAGUCUGAGUUCUGAAAGCCACACUUAGGGGUAAGAAUCUUCCCCAAUGAGGUGAUGAUGUCUUCGGCCUGCUAAUCCUGGUUCUAGACUGAACCCGUAGGGAAGGGAUUGGAGGGUAGAGGCCUUACAUUCUGAACCCAGUGUAGGCAGGCGGGAGCCAGCACUAGGACCCUCCAACUCUUAGAACCCUUCUACCGCUGAAAUAUUUGCCUAGGCGGAUAGGGAGAUGGGCGGGGCCUCCUCAGGCUCAGCUCCAGUUUCCAUGGAAACUCACAGGCUUCCCACCCAGCCGCUGCCUGGGCAGGCUCCCAGCCUGGGCCUCAUCUACAACCAGCUUCUCCGGGAUCAUAGGCCUGCCCAGCGGCAGCUUCUUUGGGUCCUCUCUGAACCCGCAUCGCUUACCUGAACCUCAGGUUUUCUUUAGGGACCUGGGUCUCUUUUGUCCUUGACCUUCAGCUCCUCAGCCUCUCAGGCCUCUACAGCUCCUGCCCUCCCUCUCAGGCCAUUCCACCCUUUGUUCUUCUGCUCAUCCCACACAUGGAGAACCCAGGACUGGUUGUGCACGGGCAGGCUGCCCCCUUUUCCACAGCACUCCGAAGUCUUGUCAACAACCCCCAGUACAGGUGAGGUGGUGACUCCCUGGUGGGUUUUCUUUAGCUUGCUCUCACCGGCCUAUGAAUUUGAGGAGGCUAAGGGUGAAGAGGCCAGGAAAGAGCACUUGGCCUCCCUGGUGAACUCAGUCCAUGAGGAAGUCAAGUAGAGAUGGUGUCUACUGGCCUGUGUCCAUGCUAUCCUGAGAGUCAGAGGUGAGGGCAGUGAGGGAUAGACAGGAGGGCAGCUGUGUGAACUCAGGCAAAGCCCUUCCUUCUCUGGAUUGAAGGAGGAAUCCCCAACCCCCUCAGCCCUGAAAGGUGGGAUUUGAUCUAACUAGUAGUCAGCUAAGUGCUAGACUUCCUUCCUUGAAGAGACAAGAGUGGAGGACUCCGGGGAUUCCUAAGAGGAACAGAGCCCAAAGGAUUGGGUCAGAGACCCAGACAGGAAGUAGUUCAAGGUUGCUGACCGCCCACGGCUUGCCGAAGACGCUAAGUGCUGUCUGAAACUGGGAAUGGAGUUUACUGGGGGCAGGGCUGGUCAUGGGAGACAGAUUGCUGCUUCCCAUCCCCGCUGUCUCAGAGGCUGCCUGCUCCCCAGGUGAUGUUUGCUUUGUGGUUGGUCAAGAACGGCAAGAGGUGUUUGCCCACCGGUGCUUGUUGGCCUGUAGAUGCAACUUCUUUCAGAGACUUUUGGGGACAGAGCCGGGCCCUGGGGUACCUAGUCCUGUGGUGCUAAGCACUGUGCCAACCGAGGCCUUCUUAGCUGUGCUGGAGUUCCUGUACGCCAACAGCGUCACGCUGCACCGCUACUCUGUGCUGGAGGUGCUCACAGCAGCUGUGGAAUACGGGCUGGAGGAACUUCGAGAGUUAUGCCUGGAGUUUGUGAUGAAGGUUCUGGAUGUGGAGUUGGUUUGUGAGGCCUUGCAGGUGGCUGUAACCUUUGGCCUGGGGCCGCUGCAGGAGCGGUGCAUAGCCUUCAUAGAGGCUCACAGCCAGGAGGCUCUACGCACCCGCGGCUUUCUGGAGCUAUCCGCCAGUGCGCUGCUGCCCGUGCUACGCAGUGACAAGCUCUGCGUGGACGAGGCGGAGCUGGUCAAGGCAGCCCGAAACUGGGCGCGCGUGGGCGCCGUGAGUGGGACCUGGGGGAGGCGAGGGCGAAGCGGCGGAAGCCGCAGGAACUCGGCAAGCGGACUGCAGGGCACAGGCCGCCGCUCCGCCGGGGCUCAAGGUUCGCUUCCACAGGCGGUGUUGGAGAGACCGGUGGCCGAGGUGGCGGCUCCAGUGGUUCGAGAGCUGAGACUGGCCUUGCUGGCCCCGGCGGAGUUGAGCGCCCUGGAAGAGCAGAACCGACAGGAGCCGCUCAUCCCGGUGCGGACGCGAGUACCCGGGCUCAGAUCCACUCUGCCACGUGGGGAUGAGGAGCCAGGGCCCUUGCCAGGGGACUUCGGACUGCAUGGUGACCCUCCUUCUCCUACAGGUGGAGCAGAUUGUGGAGGCGUGGAAGUGCCAUGCCCUACGGAGAGGAGAUGCGGCCAGGGGCGCACCGUGCAGGCGGCGAAAGGGAACCCUGCCCCGGGAUCACCACCGUUUUCUGGACCUUCGUUUCAAAUGAUCCACUUCCGGAACUUGGGAGGCAUUUGAUCACACUCCAAACUACAGCUCCCGAGGUGCUCUGCGCCCGAGGCAGGCUUCCGCCCCCAGCAAGCCCUGCGAGCCGGAGGCCGGAAGGACCUUGUAGGGGCGGGCCAGUGCCAGUGGACCCAAGGUUGGAGUCGUGUCACGGGCUCGGGCGACGCCCCGAGGCCGGAAGCGAGGGUGGCAUCUGUUCCAUGAGCUCACACCGCAUCCUGCUGCCCGUCACUCCUCUGUCCCUCCAUUCGAUUGACGCUGUUAUCUAUUUAGCGUAUCUCCCUUAACAACAAAUCAGCUUCCUGGCUCCAGACUCAGCGCGGAGCUUCUCUUCUCCUCUCUCCCGGUCCCGUAAAUACUGUUUCUCAUUUCGGCGGGUCAGGAGCCAGGAUCUCAUUCUUGUUUACCUCAUGCCCUUUCUCCCUUCCAGUAGUACUUUCGAGUUGGUUUAGUCUGCAACCUAUAUUCUGUCACUUUUGAGGAUCUUUUUCUGUCAUUACCCUGCCAGUGCUCUCUCACUCCUCCCCCGCCCCCGCCCCAGUGCACUUUGCAUCCCUGUGACGGUCCCAUCGUUGUAAUUGUCACGCCCUUCCCUGAGUCCUUCAGCAUCCUUAACGGCAUUCUAGGACAAGGUACUAAAGUUUCUAGAUGUUUAGCGGUUCUUAACACUGAGUUUGGGAGUUCCAGAAUUAACUUUUUUGGGGGGUAGGAGGUGGGUAUUCUCUCACUGUGUAACCCCAGCUGGCCUAGAACUCACUUUGUAGGCCAAACUAGCCUUGAACUCACAGAGC